CCUCUUCCCCCAGCUGCUACUUGCCUUUCUGGGCCUUCCUGUGGCCCGUUGCUCUCCCUCAUUCCCCCUCCCGGUCCCAUCUCUGUUCAGUCCCCACACCUGGUCUGGCUGUUCGUUCUUUCCCUUUCUGCAGCUCAAGGCUCCCCAGUCUGCAGUCUACGGCGAGGCACAGGCCAGCCCAGCUCCACGAGGACUGAACAAGGUGCUGUCCCACCACCACCAUGCCGGAAGUCGAGAGAAAACCCAAGAUCACUGCCUCCCGCAAACUCUUGCUGAAGAGCCUGAUGCUGGCCAAGGCCAAAGAAUGCUGGGAGCAGGAGCAUGAGGAGCGCGAGGCUGAGAAAGUGCGCUACCUGGCAGAGCGCAUCCCCACACUGCAGACGCGUGGCCUGUCCCUCAGUGCCCUGCAGGACCUGUGCCGGGAGCUGCAUGCCAAGGUAGAGGUGGUGGAUGAGGAGCGAUACGACAUUGAGGCUAAAUGUCUCCACAACACCAGGGAGAUUAAGGACCUGAAGCUGAAGGUGAUGGACCUCCGUGGGAAGUUCAAGCGCCCACCCCUGCGUCGGGUCCGUGUCUCAGCUGACGCCAUGCUCCGGGCCCUGCUGGGUUCCAAGCACAAGGUGUCCAUGGAUCUGCGGGCCAACCUCAAGUCUGUGAAGAAGGAAGACACAGAGAAGGAGCGGCCUGUGGAGGUGGGUGACUGGAGGAAGAAUGUGGAGGCCAUGUCUGGCAUGGAAGGCCGGAAGAAGAUGUUUGAUGCUGCCAAGUCUCCGACCUCACAAUAGAGGCCAGCUUGCUGUGCUGCGCUCUGAGCUCCUGCUUCAUGCUUCUUCUCCAGCCCAGCUCACUCACUUCUCUGCCGGUGUCUGGAGCAUCCCUUCCCACUUCCCCCCUCACUUCUUCCCUCCAGCCUGCAUUCCCUCCUCUGGAACUGGGAUUAAACAGAUAUCCAAGAGGCAGGACAAACUCGAGUGUCUGAAGACAUCACCCCGGCAGGGUGGGCUCCCACCCAUCCAUGAGGCACUUGGGGCUUCCCAGCUACCCUGUGGUGUAACAGGUGGAGGAGGAGGAGGGAGUGAGAGCACCUUUCCUCUGGCCCUGUGCCACACCCCUUCUAUGUGUGUACAGUGUCCACAGGCAUCUUCAUUAAAAACCCAGUUUCCUGGUCAUUUCUGCA